AUGACGAAUCAGAAAAUUCCAGGGACUGGAAAUGGUGGUGAUGCAAUGAAGAUGAACGAGGUGGAGAUAUCGACUGUAGAAUCGACACUGGACAAAACUAUGCAGACAAAAGACUCGACGGUGAAGAAUGUGGCUUUGACUUUGAACGAUGACAAGGGGAUGGGAAGAUCUACUACACUGGACGAUGAAGUUCCGUGUGAUGAUGUCACUCAGAAGAUGAAGUCAAAGGGAAAUUUGCCAGGCAGCAGUGCGACCGUCGCUCCCGAUAUUACAGACUCGACGAUUCAGACGGUGACUCACAACAUGUCGAACGUAGCGGAGACAGUGACUCCUGUUGGGAAGGAGGUUGCCUAUGCUGCUGACCAUACAACGGACACGCUGACUAACAACUUGGCGAACGUAGCGGAGACGGUGACUCCUGUCGGGGAGAAAGCUGCCUAUACUGCUGAUUCUACCGUGAACACGGCGACCAACAACAUGUCGAACGUAGCGGAGACAGUGUCUCCUGUUGGGGAGAAAGCUGCCUAUACUGCUGACCAUACAACGGAAACGCUGACUAGCAACCUGUCGAAAGCAGCGGAGACGGUGACUCCUGCUGUGAAGGAGGUUGGUUAUACUGCUGACCCUACCGUGAACACGGCGACCAACAACAUGCCACAUGUAGCGGAGACAGUGACUUCUGUUGGGAAAGCUGCCUAUGCUGCUGACCAUACAACGGACACGCUGACCAACAUAACGUCGAAUGCAGUGAUGACAGUGACUCCUGCGGUGGAGAUGGUUGCAGAAACUUCUAUGGAGACGGUGGUCAACACUACGCCUUACGUUACUAAGACAGUGGCGCCUGUUGCGAAGACGGCGACCGAUACAGUUGCAUACACCGCUACUUCUCCUACAGCUACUACUCCGAUCCCGGCUUCAAUUCCUACUCCUCUCGCCACGACAAUACCUGCCUCAUCAUAUGACAUAGUUGGACAAAUUGUAGACAAAACUACAGGCGUGGAAGCUCCAUCCACGAUGCCACCUGCUACGACUGCGCCAACAACGACCGGUGUCGCCACGACCGAGCAAAGCUUACACCGAGAUGAGGAAGAGGAGACAGAGUCGUCUUUAUUGAUCUCGCAGACCAGCGCCGACGAGACGGAUUUGGACUCCGACCAAUCUAUCCCCACAAGCAAGGAGAUUACAUCCGUCGAUGAUAAUGCUGACAAUGAAGAUUCCGAUAGUGAAGAUUCCGACAGUGAGGAUUCCGAUAGUGAAGAUUCCGACAGUGAGGAUUCCGACAGUGAAGAUUCUGACAGUAAAGAUCGUGAAACUGGCGGCAAUUCAGUGCCUGCUCGCAAGUCGUCUCUGUCGUCAGGUAACGUUGCCAAAAAGCCUUUGACCACGACGUCUCCAGCAACGAAGACUAUGAAGAGUGAUGAUUCUGCUUCUUUUGCCCCCGAUGCUGUUGACCGCAACUCUGGACUUCACUCGGAAAAGUCCGGAUUUACUUUUGCCUCUCCUCCACCUGCAGACUCGGCAUUCAAGCCCGCAGCGAUGAAAGGUUCUAGCGUGAGUGACAUUUCGAAGCCUGAGCCUAAGAAGACGACUUUGCGUCCCGAACAUUCCGCACCUACAGAGGUGCCAGCCCAACCAUUUUCGCAGGUGCCGGUUGAAACAGCUCCGAAGGUGCCGGUUGAGACAGCUCCGCAGGUGGCGGUUGAGACAGCUCCGCAGGUGCCGGUUGAGACAGCUCCGCAGGUGCCGGUCCAGACAGCUCCGCAGGUGCCGAUUGAGACAGCUCCGCAGGUACCGGUAGAGACAGCUCCGCAGGUGCCGGCCCAGAUAGCUCCGCAGGCGCCAGCACCGACAGUUCCGCAGGCGCCAGCACCGACAGUUCCGCAAGUGCCGGGUUCGCCGGUCCAGGCAGAGGCUGCGACCGCUUCGCCUCUGUCGAUUACGUCUGACAGCGGUCUAGAAAGUGUUGAGGCACAGGCCCAACGUGCUGCAGCGGUGUCGGGUGACAAAAAGGACGUGUCAUCACUUUUGCUUGUAGGAGUUGCUGGCUUUGGGUGCGUGGCCAUUAUCGCCAUCGUUGCGUUCAUGAAAAAGCCAAACCACGUGACCGAUGAAACAAUAGGUCCUGACGGUGAGCGUAUUUCGACGACUGCGGCGAUGGAAGCUUGCAACUUUGAAGGCAGCAUAUCGAACGAUCCGUUAGGAACGCGUUAUUCCAGUAUUGUCAUGAUCACACCUAAUGGUGAUGGUAUGUGCAUUUUGUAG